UGACGCUUAUGCAAGAAUUAAAAGUCAGUUAGACAGAUUAAAAAAAAUUAAUUUACCAUUUACAUCCCGCUUACGUGGAAUUACGCGGGAUGUAGACACCUAUUCUAGUCAUCUUUUAUUCAGACUUGUUUGGGAGGCUACUCCCGGUUUUUUGUGUGGAUACCUGGCUUGGGCAGAAGUGUUUUUUGCUCUUUCUUCAGUAUUUUUUAUCGUUUUGGCAAAACAAAUCGAUACUUUGGAUUUUCCUUCAACUUCUCGAUCAUCUAGUCACCCCCCUUUAAUUAAUAAGGCUAUGAUUUUAUCUGUUGUCAGGAAAGUUAUUUGGUAUCCUGUGUUGCCGCUAGCUCAAAUUUUUGGCGGUAUCACUGAAACUUGCUUUUAUAUUAAUCAUGAGAUCCCUUUUCCACUUAUGUUAAUUUGCUUUAUUGGCAUAUCACUUCAAGGAUUACUGAAUGCUUUAGUAUUUUCACAAGAUAUUGCAGUUACUCGUACUUUCCAGGCUAUUAAACUACAAUGGUGGAUCUCCAUUGUUAACUCUUAUGAGUCUCAUUAUCCUCAUAAAUCUCACAACAAAGCCAUUGCGUUAGUAAAAUCAAAUGAUACAAAUUGCAAUAAUACUGAUAUCAUUAAAAUUAAUACUAGUAUAGUUUCGCAACCUUCUCUCUUAGAGUGGUUAAGAUACAUGCUAUUAAUUAAACUUUUCUCUCCUCCAAAAAUUACACCUCGAGUAACUUCAUCUAAUCAUUUAUCAUCGAUUAAUUCCUCUGUUGUCAAUGAAGAUUCAGAUAAUCAAGGUAGUUCUAUUGAACCAACAAAAAGAAUAUCAAGAAUAUCCGAAGAAUUCGAGGGAAUUGAAACAACAUUAAAAAAACUUUAA